AUGGAGAGAGAGAAUGGUUGUAGAAGCGUCUUGGGCGGUCGUGCGGAGAUAGACACGAGAAGGCCGUUUGGGUCGGUGAAAGAAGCGGUGGCUUUGUUCGGAGAGAAAGUUUUAGCCGGAGAGAUCUAUGCAACUAGGCUUAGAGAGAUUCAGACAAAGAAAACAAUUUAUAUUCCGAGUCCUCAAUCAAGAAUACAAUCCCUAACACUCGAGCUCGAGCACACAAAACAAACUCUUACAAGAACCCUACAACUAAACACCGUCCUCGCCAACCGAAUCAAAACCCUUAGACAUGAACUCGAACAUGAGAGGAAAGAGAUCCAACGACUCAACAGUAUAAGAUCAAGUCUCCUAGACAAUCCGGAAAUCGAGGAACUCAAGUUCGUGGAACAACAUCAAACGACCAAAGAUGUUGGAGAAGAGGUUGCAACAACAGAUGAGUUAGAUAAGAGGAGACUCGUGACGUUCGCAAGCUCUCCUCUGCUUACACGUGUGAUGUCAAGCGUUGAGGUCGACAAAGAUGAGAAGAAAAAGAAUGAGAAAUUUUUAGAGAGAGAUUUUUCGGUUAAGAAGUCGAAAUUAAAGAAGGGUUUUGCUCCUUUCUUGGGAUGGUUUAGAGCAACCCGUGGAGGAGAUUGA